AUGCGCGCGCCUGCCGGCCGGCCGGAUAGUCCCAACGGGCACCGCGUGGUUUCCACGGCGACGCGCCGGCACCCCAGAGAGGCCGGGUUGGUGCAGCCGCUUGAGCCGCGGGGAGCUGGCAACUGCCCGCCGCCGCAGCCUGUCGCUCGCCCGAGGCGCCUGCUGAGCUCUUCCCCGGUCCCUGUCGGGCUGGCCUCGAGCGCCGCUCCGCUGGUAACUGAGCCCCGAAUGCCUACGUCCACCCCAGCCCUUCCCCUGAACGUGACACUGGUGCACCUAGCAGCCUACCACGACCCUAGGUUGCCUACUGUGUCUCUGGCUGGUACAACAAAAGUGCAUACAGAAGAGCACCUCGCCAGCAUGGCCCUGGAAGACAGCAGGAGGCCUGCAGAAUGCAGAAGCCCAGGCCCCGACGGCUUGUCAAGGAACAGCACGGCUUCCAAUGGGAGUGUCGACUACAGCGGGUCUCAGUGCUCCUGCAGGAGCCUGAGCUCCCACUACGACUAUUCAGAAGACUUUGUCUCUGAAUGUUCAGAAGUAGCUGCUAGCAGGAAUUUUUUAGGGCAACCUAUGGCAACAGAAAAGAAAGAAGAGAAUAAAAAGUAUACUACUUCUAAAACUGCCCAGCCUGCAGUUAACAGGUGGCCUUGUUACAGAGUACCACAGUACUUGGAUUUCACUGGCUUCUUGCCUUUCAUCUCAGCUGAAGAACCAAGGUUUGAACUGCCAAUGAAAUACAAAUGCCUGUCUCAACACCCCAAGAGGACGGUCGCCAAGACUGGCCAGAAGGAAAUCUCAGUCGAAAAAAAGCACAAUUCAUCUGUUUUUAAUUCUCAAGUCAAUAUGAUUGGCCAGAGAAGAGAUGCCAUUGCCCAUCGAAUACUCUCAGCCAGGCUUCACAAGAUUAAAGAGCUAAAAAAUGAAUUAGCUGAUAUGCAUCGGAAAUUGGAAGCCAUCAUUAUAGAAAAUCAUUUUUUGAAACAACUUCAGCUUAGGCACUUGAAAGCUAUAGGAAAAUAUGAGAAUUCACAAAACAAUCUGCCUCAACUCACAAUCAAACACCAGAAUGAAGUAAGAAAUUUAAGGCAAUUACUUAGGAAAUCCCAGGAGAAGGAAAGAGCUGUAUCCAGGAAACUCAGAGAAACGGAUGGCGAGUUAUUAAAGACCAGAGAUACCUUGCAGGCUCUACAGAAACUUUCCGAAGACAAAAAUCUUGCAGAAAGGGAAGAACUGACUCAAAGAUUAUCUGCUCUUACGACAAAAAUGGAGGCAAAUGACAAAAAAAUACAGAGCUUGGAAAAACAGCUGAGGUUGAACAAUCGAACCUUCAAUCGGCAGCUGGCUAUCGAAAAUCGGAAGACUUUAGCCGCUUUUGCAGCCACAAAGACUCUGCAGAUGGAAGUCAAACGCCUGCAGCAAAAACUCAAGGAGAAGGAUCGUGAGCUUGAAAUUAAAAACAUCUAUACCAAUCGAAUACUUAAAAAUUUACAUGAAUUAGACGAUUACCCAAAAGUUUCUUCAACAAAAUCAGUUCAAGCAGACAGAAAAAGUGUGUCAUUUACAUGUAUGCGUCACCAGGAAACCCAAAAAUCAGAAGAUGUUCCGUCUUUGACAACUAAGGGUAAAAUGGCAACAGGAAACAUCAGUCAUAAAGAAAAAUCAGUUGAAAUAAACCAUGAGAUUGCUCACCAUAUUAAUAAACUACCAAAGCAAGAAGAUUCUAAGAGGAAAAAUGAAGAUUUACCAAAGGAAGAGGAACAUUUGGAAAUACAAGCGCCUCUGGAGAAUACUGGAAGACAGAAAGAGAAAAAGGAGGAUCAAGAAAAGAAAACCAUUUUGCAAGAACAAGAAUUACCAACAAAAAGAAUCCCAGUAAUUCACCCUGAAAGAGAAAGCAGUCCGGGAGGUGAGCCGGUGAAGGACAAGUUCAAAGACAGCGUGCAGACGCAGGACAGCGUGCAAACGGCCGACCUGACGCCCGAGAGGUGCAAGUGCGCCCCUCCCAGCUCCAAGCUGGCCUGCAGACAGCGGAAGCACUACUCCUUCACCGAGGCCACCGAAAACCUGCACCAGGGGCUGCCCGCGGCGGGUGGGCACGCGGACACGGGCAGCACGCGGUGCGGGCACAGCUCCAGCAGACACCAGGGCAGCACAGAGGACGGGAAGCUCGUGAGCAGGUACGAGCCCUCCUUCGGAAAGUCCUCCAGAGCGAAAGCCAAAGACACGAGCUUCAAAGAGAAGAAGAGCAACCUCAUGGAAGAGCUCUUUGGGUCAGGCUGUGUCUUAAAAAAUGACCAGAUCAGUCUAGCUGCUGUGGACAGAUCCCAGGAGGCUCUGAAAAAUAAGGCGGCACACCACGUGCCUCCCGGUCAGGCCUCCGCAGGCAACACUUUCGGAGAUUCUAACCUGACUGUAGUCGAUUCUAUCCAGUCAUCUUCACCUACAGAAGGAAAAAGAAAAGUAAUUAAGUAUAAUCAAUCAAUAUCCUGAUACAUGCUUAUGUCAUAUACUGCUGCUCAUGUGCUUCUAAUCUCACCAUUCCUAACAGGAGAGGUUGUGUGUGUUAGUUCUUAAAUUGACCUUAGAUAA